AUGUCCUGGACCCAGAAGAACUUCACCCUCCCCACCCGCAGCCGCGGCUCCUACCUCAUCACCGACCAUGUCCUCCAAGAAGUCCCCGAGAUCCGCGACUACAAAAUCGGCAUGCUGAAUCUGUUCGUGCAGCACACCAGCUGUGCCCUUUCGCUAAACGAGAACUGGGAUGACGAUGUUCGCGCCGAUAUGAGCGAUGCACUCGAUCGCAUUGCGCCUAUGGAUAAAAAGGGAAAUCUGUAUCGUCAUUCCGCUGAGGGAGAGGAUGAUAUGCCGGCUCACAUUAAAUCGGCCCUCAUUGGCGCCUCGGUCAAUAUCCCUAUCACAAACGGUCGCUUGGCGACAGGAACGUGGCAGGGUAUCUGGUACCUGGAGUUCCGGACGAGUCGACACAGCCGCAAGGUCGUCGCGACAAUUCAAGGGCAGAAGGCUUGA